GUCAAAGAUAUCUCGGUGCCAACUUUAUUUGGUCAUGCAACGCCGCCGAAAGUCCAAAGGCAAGGAGCAGCAGCUUCCUUCAGCCAUUGAGGAAGAUUCUCCCCAAGCGAAGCACUGGAAGGUGUCUGUGGCAGCAGAUCCUGUCAUGUGGCUGGUUGGCUCGGCGGUGCUAGGCGUGUACUCCCAGACGAUCUACCCCAGUAUUGCCGGAGGAGACAGUGGUGAACUCGUGGCCGAGUCGUGCCACUUAGGCGUAUCCCAUCCACCGGGUUAUCCCUUGUUCAACAUGCUAAACUACCUCGUCGUGAACAUGCCAGGUGCACAGACCAAAGCUUGGAAAGCCAACUUGUUCUCCGCCGGUACCAACUGCAUGUGGACGUCUACGAUUUGACGCGAACACUACCAUUCCCAUUAGUAUGCGACACGAUAUGCUGCAUGUUCAUGUACGCAACCAUCUUAAAGUGGACAUCCCCCGCCUCCUCCUCCACUGCGAGUGCAUGGCUCACCAAAGUCGCCGCCGCCACUGCCUCCAUCACGUUUGCCUUGAGCCCGUUGAUAUGGACCUACGCCAUCAGCGCCGAAGUGUUUGCCCUGAACAAUCUCUUCGCCGCGUGGCUUUUGUUCCUCUUGCUUAGCUACGCGCAGUCUGGUUCCGUGUAUUAUGCCAACCUUGGGGCGUUCGUGUGUGGGCUAGCCAUGUGCAACCAGCACACGAUCGUUCUGUUUGAGAUCCCCGUCGUUCUGUACGUGCUGUGGACCCAGCGUCGGUCCCUUGGCAUGAAGACCCUCUCCACGUAUGCCUUGUACUUUGUUGUGGGGCUGCUCCCCUACGCAUACAUGCCGCUUACGUCGCUUUGGAACCCGCAGCCAGGCUCGUGGGGGGAUGUGACGACUGUAGCCGGCUUCUUUCACCAUAUCCGUCGAGGAGACUACGGAACAUUCCGACUGUUUUCCACUGAUCGAGACACCGAGUCGUUAACUACACGCAUGAUACUCUACUUUCAAGACGCCCUCACUCGACAAGGAGGCUACAUUCUGGGGCCGUUGGCUGUGGCCGGCCUUGUGACUACCCCCCCCUCAGCCCCCCGAGUCGCCGGGUUCAGAUGGGCAGUUGCCUUCAUGUAUACGUUUUACCUGAUCGUGUUCCAUGCGCUUUCCAAUAUGCCGCUGACCGAAGGCCUGCUCUACGGCGUACACAUGCGAUUUUGGCAGCAGCCCAACAUUAUUCUGUUCGUCUGGGGCGGCGUCGGCCUGGACGCGGUGCUGCAGCGGGCGUGGAGGACGUCGGGGGCGGUGGCGGCGGGAUUGGGGGUCGUGCUGUCGGUCGCGGCUAUGGUGGGCCAAGGGAUGACGUGGCAGCAUGUGGGCAAUCAAAGCCACGCUUGGUUCAUUCCAAACUAUGCCAAGGCGCUGUUGGAUCCACUGCCACCCCACGCACUUGUAUUUGUCAAUUACGACUUGCAAUGGACGGCGAUGCGGUACCUGCAGCGAUGCGAAGGGUUUCGACCGGAUUUAACAGUGCUCAACUUGUCCAUGAUGACGUACAAAUGGUUUGCCACCAAGCACGCAUUGUACCCGUCGAUAGUCUUUCCAGGCGACCGCCUUGUCCCAGCUUCCACCAUCCAAGACGGCGGCUUUAGCCUGCGCGAGCUGCUGCAGGCCAACAUGAAGCGGGUAUCUCGAGGCGGGAUAUUUCUUGGCGGCCAGCUCAACUUUCCUGACCCGUCGUUCGAAUCCCACUUUAUCACAGUGCCGUUUGGCCUUCUCGAUAGAUUUCAUCCGGCGGGGAAGCCAGUGUAUAAAUCGCUCAAGACGUGGUACCGCCACAAUGCCCGCAUUAUGGCCAAAGUGCAAAGUCACUUGGUGCAACUUCCGUCCGAGGCAGAUUACACCGACGACACGUGGGAAUGGACGGUGGUGCGUUCGUCAACUCUGUCGACCAUUCGUUACUGGUCUCUUUUGCAGGCGCGGGAUUUCCACAUGAAGCAGCUGGGCGCGGCCACGUACCUGCUGGACGAAGCCAUCAAAUCCGGUCGGCCCAACAUCACGUGGCUCGCAGAGUGCGCGCGGCCGCUCGAGCACUCGCUCCGCCACGAGCCGCGCCAGUUUUGGUCCGACUCGUUGCUCAAGAAUUUGGGCCUCGCGUAUGCGUAUAUUGUGCGGUCGCCAGACGAGUUUGCACCAACCGAUGCAGAUCCACUCGAGCCCCAUGUGGGCCACCACCUUCCUGACCAAACCAAGUACAAGGACCGCGCGACCGAUCGCAUGUUGCAAGUGUGGCGGGAAUGGAUUGCGCUGCCGUCGGCUCGCGCCGACCCUGGCUACGACGCGAUUGCCGACAUUGUCCGCAAGUUCACACCGACAACCUAACAUGAGUAGUACUACUACUAGUAGACGGACGAGACCAUGGAUUUACAUCACAUAGAUGAUAAAUUUGCUAUAUAUUUCCCAAUUCUGGGCGAUUCGAAAA